AGUGCGCAUGCGUGCUUCCUCCCUUCCUUCCCGGCGGAGUGGGCCUGGCGGCUGAGGGGCUAAGAGAUGUCGGCGCCAUUCGAGGAGCGGAGCGGGCUGGUCCCGUGCGCCACUCCCUGGGGCCGCUGGUACCAGACCAUGGAGGAGGUCUUCGUGGAGGUGGACGUCCCGCAGGGGACCCGCGCCAAGGAGGUCCAGUGUAGUCUCCAGAGCCGCUGCCUUUCGCUGUCUGUGGCCGGGAAGGAGGUGCUCAAGGGUAAACUCUUUGAUUCUACAAUAGCAGAUGAAGCAACAUGGACACUAGAGGAUCAGAAACUAAUACGAAUCAUCUUAACAAAAACUAACCGUGAUGCUGGAAAUUGUUGGCGUUCUUUGCUAGAGAAUGAAUAUGCUGCUGAUCCUUGGGUCCAGGACCAAAUGCAGAGGAAACUUACUCUGGAGAGGUUCCAGAGAGAGAACCCUGGGUUUGACUUCAGUGGAGCUGAAAUUUCUGGAAACUAUAGCAAAGGAGGGCCAGACUUCUCCAGUUUUGAAAGAUAACUUGAUGCUUUUGACUGUAUUCCUAGAACUAAAACAAAAGGGUACAAAGGAAUAUAUUGUGUUGAAUAAGAAUUCAUCUGUGAGACUAAGAUUGGGCAUGGAUUGUUUGUUAUUCUCAACAGCUUUAAAU